UUUUUUUUUAACAAUUAAAUUCAAUAAAACAAACAAAAAAAAAAUACACAGCAAUUUCAAUUGGGUCCUUGCGGCUCUUGCUCCGCUGUUCUGGCCCUAAAAAAAUAAAAAAUAAAAUAAAACAAAACAAUUUUGUUCUUAUGGCGAACCAUGAGAACAAAGUUUGGCGCAACGACACGCACAAAUCCUGUUACUUGCAAAACAUUCUUUGCCAAUUUAUCAUCACCCAUUAGAAGACAAAAACCAAGAUGGCCGACUUUCUGUUACUUUUCAGGUGUGGGUUCCUGAGACUUUUAUAUGCGUCCCGUCAUGAUAGACGUCUCCUUCGAUUUUCGUGUCGAUACGUGAAACUGGUUGAAGGGACUCAUUUUUUCUCAUUUUAAAGGUGGCGCUAGAGAGACAAAUUUGAAAUUUUCGGGACUUGUCAGCAGAACAAAUUUUUAAUUUUUUAAUGUAGUGAAUUUCAAAUAAGAAUAUUACCUUAUUACUGUUCUAAUUUUUAAAUGUUUUUAUUUUAUGUCAGUGUUCCUAGAUCCCUUUUUGCUACUUGAGGUGGUUUCAAUGAAGAACAAGUGAAAAUAAACAAAAAACAGAACUGAUUAACCAAUUAGGGGAACUUCCUGGUGUAGCCAGCCAAUCAGAAGCAAGCAUUAAAUGAUUGCUUUCCACACCACAACAAAAAUCCCGCCAAUUCGUCGCAUCUUUCCCACUGCAUAGUACUCUGUCUCCAAUUGGCCCUCUUAGGCCCCGCCCCUACUUUUUCCCCAAAUCCACCACCUGCAGCUCGUUGGGUGAUUGGCCCCCUGCUGCGUUUCACUGUGUUGUGUGUUCACUCCACAGAAAACAAAGUCACCACUCGCACUCGUCGCCGUGUUUGCAGAAGAAGUACUCAAGCUAAUUUGUAAUUUGGCGUUGUGCGUCGCGAAAUGACACCAAAGCCGGGCUAAUCUGAGGAGCGGAAACCACCAUGGAGGUUAAUGGAGAUCCAACUUUCCACACGGAUUAUCGGUGACUUACUCCCAGCGGAUGUCAUGCAGCCUGGCCGGCUUUGGGCUCUGGUGGUGCUGUGCGCCGUGUGCUGCGCGGAUGGAUGCCCACACAAGUGCAGCUGCUCCGGGUCCCAUGUGGACUGUCAGGGUCUGGGUCUGAAGACGAUACCGAAGGGGAUACCGCGCGGUGCCGAGCGUCUGGACCUGAACAAAAACAACAUCACCAGGAUCACCAAAGUGGACUUCUCUGGCAUCAAGAACCUGAGAAUCCUUCAUCUCGAGGACAACCAAGUCAGUGUCAUCGAGAGAGGAGCCUUCCAAGACCUGCGACUGCUGGAGAGACUCCGUCUGAACAGAAACAAACUGACUCUUCUCCCAGAACUUCUCUUCCAGUCCAACCCCAAACUCGGCAGACUAGACCUGAGUGAGAACCAGAUCCAGGCAGUUCCCAGGAAAGCCUUCAGAGGAAUCACCAACGUCAAGAACCUGCAGCUGGACAGCAACCACAUCAGCUGCAUUGAAGAUGGAGCUUUCCGGGCGCUGCGCGAUCUGGAGAUUCUCACCCUCAACAACAACAACAUCACCCUCAUCCCGCUGUCCAGCUUCAACCACAUGCCCAAGCUGCGGACGCUUCGCCUGCACUCCAACAACCUCCUGUGUGACUGUCACCUCUCCUGGCUCUCUGAUUGGCUGCGGGCAAGACGGGCCCUGGCGCCCUUCACACAGUGCAUGGCCCCCGCCCACAUGAGGGGCCUGAAUGUCCCCGACGUGCAGAAGAAGGAUUUUGUCUGCAAUGGCCCCGCCCACACCGAGACCAGGACAUGUGCGCCCCUAGUGGCCGUGUGCCCGCCCAGCUGCAGCUGCAACAACAACAUCGUGGACUGCCGCCGCAAAAGCCUGACUGAAAUACCGGCCAACCUCCCCGAGGGCAUCACGGAGAUUCGUUUGGAGCAGAACUUGAUCAAAAGCGUCCCGCCAGGAGCCUUCUCCUCCUACAAGAAGCUCAAGAGGAUAGACCUGAGCAAGAACCAGAUUUCCGACAUCGCCGCCGAUGCCUUCAGUGGCCUCCGCUCGCUCACCUCGCUGGUUCUGUACGGCAACAAGAUCACGGAGCUGCCCAAAGGCUUGUUCGAAGGCCUGGUGUCACUACAGCUCCUACUCCUGAACGCCAACAAGAUCAACUGUCUUCGCGUCAAUACCUUCCAAGACUUGCACAACCUCAACCUGCUGUCGCUGUAUGACAACAAGUUACAAACCAUCAGCAAAGGACUUUUCGCGCCACUGCGAUCCAUUAAAACGCUCCAUCUGGCCCAGAAUCCUUUCAUGUGCGACUGUCACCUGAAAUGGCUGGCGGACUUCUUGUUUGACAACCCCAUCGAGACCAGCGGUGCACGCUGCAGCCACCCCAGAAGACUGGCCAACAAGCGCAUCAGCCAGGUUAAAGGCAAGAAGUUCCGCUGCACAGGUCAAGAGGACUAUCGCAGCCGUCUGAGCGGCGAGUGUUUCCAGGACCUGGUCUGUCCCGAGAGAUGCCGUUGCGAGGGGACCGUGGUCGACUGCUCCAACCUGAAACUGACCCGCGUCCCCGCGCACAUCCCGGAACACAUCACGGAUCUGCGGCUCAACGACAACGAGAUCGGCGUACUGGAGGCGGCUGGGACGUUCAAGAAGCUGCCGAACUUGAGGAAGAUCAACCUGAGCAACAACAAGCUCCGGGACAUCCGCGAGGGAGCGUUUGACGGCGCGUCUGGCGUGCAGGAGCUCCUACUGACCGGCAACAAGCUAACGGGACUGCAGGGGCGGAUGUUCCGGGGCCUCACAGGACUGAAAACUCUGAUGCUGCGCAGCAACCAGGUCAGCUGCAUCGACAACGCGACAUUCACGGGUCUGAGCUCGGUGCGGCUGCUGUCGCUGUACGACAACCGCAUCUCCAGCAUCGCCCCGGGAGCAUUCGCCACCCUGCAUUCCCUCUCCACCAUUAACCUCCUGUCCAACCCGUACGUGUGCGACUGUCACCUGGCCUGGCUGGGGCAGUGGUUGAAGAGGACCAGGGUGGUGAGUGGAAACCCUCGCUGCCAGAGGCCAGCCUUCCUGAAGGAGAUCCCCAUCCAGGAUGUGGCCCACCCCGACUUUACAUGCGACGGUGGCGAGGAUAACGGCUGUCUUCCUGCAUCUGGCUGCCCGGAUGUCUGCACAUGCUCAGACAGCGUGGUGCGAUGCAGCAACAGAGGGCUGCACUUGCUGCCCAAGGGCAUUCCCAAGGACACCACGGAACUUUACUUGGAGGGCAACAUGCUGACGUCCGUGCCCAAGGAGCUGGCGGCCCUGAAGCAUCUGUCACUGGUAGACCUGAGCAACAACAGCAUCAGCACAGUGGCCCCGCUCACCUUUAGCAACAUGACACAACUGGCCACACUCAUCCUCAGCUACAACCAAAUCCGCUGCAUCCCGGUCCACGCCUUCCACGGCCUCAAGUCUCUCCGCCUGCUCACACUCCACGGCAACGACCUCUCCACGAUCCCCGACGGCGCGUUCAAUCAUCUCACCUCGUUGUCUCACCUUGCCCUCGGUGCAAACCCCUUGUACUGUAACUGCGACCUGCGCUGGCUCUCCCAGUGGGUGAAGGCCGGCUUUAAAGAGCCUGGCAUUGCUCGCUGCAGCGGACCUCCCGACAUGGCUGACAGGCUGCUGCUCACUACACCGCUCAACAGAUUUCAGUGUAAAGGCCCGGUGGAUAUCAGUCUGGUGUCAAAGUGUGCCCCCUGCCUGGCGGAUCCCUGCCAGAAUAACGGAACCUGUGUCUCAGACGAGUUGGGAUCUUACCACUGCACCUGUCCGUUUGGAUUCAAGGGUCAGGACUGUGAAGCACCCAUCAAUGCCUGCGUCAGUUUCCCCUGCUUGAAUGGAGGGACGUGUCACCUUCGCCCAGGCCUUGAAGACCACUUCAGCUGCGUGUGUCCGCCGGGCUUCGAGGGCCAACGCUGCGAGGUCAAUCCGGACGACUGCGAGGACAACGACUGCGAGAACAACUCAACCUGCGUCGACGGCGUCAACAACUACACCUGUGGUCUGUCCCCCAACUACACCGGCGACCUGUGCGAGGAGGUGUUUGACCCCUGCCUCCUCGGCUUCGACCCCUGUCAGCAUGAUUCAAAGUGCGUCCACGUGGGCCGCAGUUACAGGUGUGAGUGUCUGCCAGGGUACGUGGGCCACUACUGCGAGCACGACUACGACGACUGUCUGGAGAACAAGUGCCAACAUGGCGCCGAGUGCGUGGACGCCGUCAACGGCUACACCUGCAUCUGCAAGGAGGGCUUCAGCGGUCUUUUCUGCGAGAACCCCCCGCCCAUGAUCUUGCAGCAGACCAGCCCGUGUGACCAGACCGACUGCCAAAACGACGCCCAGUGCCUGCUGAUGGCCGGCGAGCCCGUCUGCCGCUGCAUGCCCGGUUUCUACGGCAACAAGUGCGACAAGAUGGCCACCGUCCAUUUCCUGGGGCGGGAGGCGUACGUGGAGCUUCUGGGCACCAAGAUCCACCCUACGGCGCAUAUUUCCUUCCAGGUGGCGACCGACAAAGACAACGGCGUUUUGCUGUAUAAGGAAGAUCUCGACCCCCUGGCUUUGGAACUGUACCAAGGACACAUCCGACUCAUCUAUGACAUGGCCAACUACCCUCCAACUACAGUGUACAGCGUGGAGUCUGUCAAUGACGGGCUUUUCCACACGGUGGAGCUGUUGAUUCAGAACCGCUCGCUCAGCCUGGUGGUGGAUGACGGCGCCCCCAAGAGCCUGGGGAAUCUGGCACGCCAACCCUCUCUGGACCACAACACACAGCUAUAUAUAGGAGGCGUGCCCUACCAGGUGAUGGCGUCGGGUCUGCGGCCCAGCCCGGAGCGUUCCUCCCAGUCCUUCAACGGCUGCAUCCACAACGUCCAAAUCAACGGGGAACCGCAAGACCUGAGUUAUCGGGCCACGGGAGGCCGACCCGUGGAGGGCAAGGGCGAUGGCGUCCUGGUGGGCUGCCACUCGUGCAGCGUGUGCGCACACGGCACGUGCCGGGAGGGCGGCGAGAUGGGCGUCACCUGCCAGUGCCCGCCGGGACGCAGCGGGGCCUUAUGCGAGCAGAUGACGGCGCCCAGCCCGUGUCAGGGCAGCAGAUGUGUCCACGGUGUGUGUGUGCCCAAGGGGGCGUCCUACAGCUGCCAGUGCACUGCGGGCUAUCAGGGCCAGUUCUGUGAGCGGCAGCAGGAGCCUCUGGCCUGUAGGGGGCAGCAUUGCGGGCACGGCGAGUGCAAGGUGUCGGAUGGCGGGCAGCCCAUCUGCAACUGCAUGCCCGGUUACACCGGACCCACCUGCGACACUGAGGUGGCGUGCCAAGGCGAGAUGGUGCGUGAGCAGCUGAAACGCCACCAGGCCCUGCGGACGUGCGCGUCCACCAGCAAGAUCCCGCGCAUGGAUUGCCCUCGCUCCUGCCAGGCGGCGGCGCCGGCGGGCGUCUGCUGCGGCGUCACCAAGACUCGCAGGAAGAAGGUGGUGUUCCGCUGCACCGACGGGACGUCGUACUCCGAGGAGAUGGAGACGGCCCUGGAGUGCGGCUGCGGCGUGUGCCCCUUGUAACGUCUUCUCAAUUCUGGGGCUCUGUUGACGACUAUUUUUAUUAACACCAUUUUUGUUUACACAUCCCGUUUGACGGCCGCCAGUUUGCUGCAGGAGAAACCACAAUGGGGACAAGUGUGUGUGUACGUGUGUGUGUGUGUGUGUGCGUGUGUGUGUUGACAGAGAGAAAUAUAUUGUAAGAUACAAGUGAGGGAAAAAAAGCAUAGAACUUAUUUUUAUUAUGGAUUUUCUUCUCUAAAAGACGAUAAAGGACUGUUUAAAUAUGUUGAUUAUACGACGUAGGAGGAGAAGUUGUUUUAUAUGAGCAGCAAAAAAGGGGAUUAACAUUCCGUCAAAGUAUAAGAAUUGAUGUGUACGUGUAAAUCUAUAUAGAAAUUAUACCCUAAUACCGUUAAUUGUGUGUUUUUCCGAGCGUGAUCUUGUCGUGGGACACUUUGGCCUGAUGGCCACUAGAGGGAGCUCACUUUCAGGAAGGAGGGGGUCAAAAAGCUCCUUUUUUGGGGGGAGGGGGCCUAAAAAGGGAACCGUACGUGCCUCGCUAACACGCUUCCGACGGCGUCCUCACCUCGGGGACGCUUUUACACAGAAAUGUGGUUUUGUCAGGAAUAAUGUUGGUCUUUGAAGCUACUGCAUGAUAAUAAUUCCCAUCCAAGUGAAGACGAGGGAAAUGAUAUUUGACAUGAGGUCAGUGACAUCAUUUUUGCGUUUUCCGGGAAUUACUUUAUUCCGGAAUGCUUCAAUUAAUGCUUAGAGCAGCGCCACCCUUUGCUUCGCCGUUAUAUUUGGGGUCACUAAAUUGCCUCUUUUUUUGAUCAUUUGUUCUCAUAUUUGUCAAUAUUCUCCAAUUCCAUCCAUCCAUCCAUUUUCUACCGCUUGUCCCUAUCGGGGUCGCGGGGGGUGCUGGAGCCUAUCGCAGCUGCAUUCAGGCGGAUAUUAUUAUCAAUUCUCAAGACAAUAUUCUCCAAUUAAUAUCGGGAAAUCCGCUGAAGAGCAGGGAAACCUGCGAAACAGGCUUGAUGGGAUGAAAUAGCCUCCUUGUUUUUUCCUGACCUAACGAAAAUAUAUAU